AUGGAUUAUCCAAAACAAACAGUUACCACACCAUCCACACAACUUGAAAAAAGCACAAAGAAUGACCAACAGACAAAGGGAAAAAAGAAGAGGAAAAAGAAAAACAAGGCCCAAAGUAAAGCCCAGUCAGAAGAGCAAAACAGAGUAGAAAUGGUCACUGACAAUAGACUGGUGGAAGAUCCUCCAGAGCCCAUGGCAGAUAUGAGUGCUUGGGAAGUCCUUGGUGUUCCCAAAGAAGUUCAGAGAGGACUCAGUGAACAAAGUUUUACUACACCAACCCCUAUACAGACUCUCUCCCUUCCACCUGCAAUAUUCCACCACAGGGACAUCAUUGGUGCAGCAGAAACAGGUUCAGGUAAAACACUAGCCUUUGGGAUUCCAAUUCUCACCCACAUCCUUGGCCACAAGUCCAGUCAAGAAGCAGGUGAAACUACAGAAAAUACUACCAAAAAUAAUGCUACAGAAGCCACAGAAACUGGUAAUGGAACAUCCAAGCUCAAGAAACCACUCCUGGCAUUGAUAAUGACACCAACCAGAGAAUUUGCUCUACAACUAAAAAAUCAUCUUAAACAGGCUGCAAAACACUCAUCUUUAAAGGACCCGCGAAACAGGCCAUAUGGCAAGGGGAAAAAUUUGCACAAUCACGUCACGCAAUAUAUCAAGCUGGGUUUGUCCAGUUGAUUUUGAUGAUCGCAGGGAAAUGUCGAGUUUGUCGCUCAAAACCAUUGUGGUCCAUAAGAGCGUAACAUCAUUAGUUAUGGAAACAAAUCUGCGGAAAGGAGGGUUAGUUCAUCGGGUUCCGUAUACUAAAUCUCGGGAGAAACUGCAAGAAUUAUUUCAGAGUGUAUGCGGGUUGUUUUGUAAAUAUAAACACUGUAACCUAUUUUAA